AUGUCCCAGUUUGAAAUACGCGACGCAGACCUUGCCAAUUUGAAGGACAAGGUUGUACUUGUUACAGGUUGGGUCGACUCUCUUGUUCUCUCUCCGGAGCUGUUUCUCUUUCUCAAUGUCACUCUACAGCCUCACGUCUGUGACUGGGAGGCUCUACGCAGUGUGUUCCAGCGAACGGUGGAGCGAGAAGGGCGGCUCGAUGCGGUCUUUGCGAACGCAGGAAUCAAUCCUCGCACGAGAUUCAUCGACGACGAAUUUGACGCAGCUGAUGGUCAGCUGAAGGGUCCAGACCUGACUUGCGUGGAGACGAAUCUCUAUGGUGUCAUAUCCACCGUCAAGCUCGGCGUGCACCACAUGCGUGCCAAAGAUAUCAAGGGCAACAUCGUCAUCACAGCGUCCGUCAGCUCGUGGACGAGAUUCGGCGCAGUAGAUUACACAACAUCCAAACACGCCGUCCUCGGCUUCAUGCGCGGCCUCCUCCCGCACCUCUCCGCCCUCCCCUCCCCCAUCCGCAUCAACUGCAUCGCGCCCAACUGGACCGAGUCCGGGAUCGUCAGGGAGGAGAUCGUGGCCCCGACGGGGUUCGCCCUCAGCAGCCCCGCGCAGGUCGCGCGGUCGGUGGGGGUGCUGAUGAGCGACGCGGCGAGGGACGGGGAGGUGAUCUUCGUCGACGGCGGGAAAUACUGGGAAAUCGGGAAAUCGCUCGAGGCGAACGGUGUCGGGAGCUUGGUGGGCCCGACGAUGCCGGAGGGCAGCGCGGGCGGGACGGACUGGGAUCGGUAUGUGGAGUUUUGUCGGAGGAUGAACAUCGCGCUCGGCAUGAACUAG